AUGAGCAGGUGCUUGCACCCCGGCCGUAUCCUGCCAUUCGGUCGUCGGCCAGCUAUUCUACGCCUUCCGUACAUCCCCCGUCGAUCUGUCGCUCCUUUUUCUCGACCGUCAUGGGGCAGAUAUAUUCAGGAACGGAGCAAGCAGGACAGAAAGGUCAAUUACCCCGAAGAACUCGAGUUCAUGCGCAGCUAUGACGAUAUUGCACACCCUGCCCUGAAGAAUAGCGCGAAGAAGAACAUCAACAAUUGGAUGCCAUUGCUUGAGCGAUAUGUUUCGACACAAGUUCCCAAGCCUGCUGGUCAGUCCGGGAAGCUUCCACCUAUCAGUGACCAUGAACCCUACAUAGAACAAGCACACGCAUUGAUGGGAUGUCUCUGGGACGCAAGGGCUCAUUACCAAUAUGAGCUUCUUGUACACCUUGGAUCCAAUAUGAAACAGUGGUCUACAGUGCACGCCAUCUUGAACCGCUUGAUCGAUACCUAUGAAUUGGUGGCUCCUCAUAUGACCCCCCGUCAUCCCGCACCUUUCCUCGAUUGGGCCAGACCGCUUCCUGGAGUCCGCGACUGGGACAGAGUCGAUCCAGAUGACCCGAGCACCUUGGAAGUCCCCGUUGACGAAAACGCCACUCUCAGCAAACUCUCACAAGGAACACGCGAAAGAUCCCGGUUCAAAUGGUGUCGGAUUAAGCCUCUCUCAGCAGACAAACUUUCUCUCGAUGAAAUGACCGUGGAACCGAAGGCGAGGUUCUUUGGAGAGAAGAUCUUAGCCGAAGUACUCUCCAAUCUCGGUUCUUUGGUUUUAGCGGCUGCAGACAGCACGCCUGAGGAGUCUAAGCUUGCAAUGUCCUGCGUUUUUCGGAUUCUUGCACGUCUCCACCACGCAGGCUUGAUCUCUGACAGAGUAUAUAAAUAUCCAACACCAGAUGCUAGCCAGGUUGCGUUCCGGCCACCCGCCCUGCACUACCUAUCGAGUUCCAUCAUGAGCGUUCUGACUGACGCAGCGUGGCAUGAGCACGAAGCCCAGGUGGCUGCGGCAGCAGCCGAUGCGGGUGAGAAAUCGCCGUUUCUACCUUUCAAGAUGGGCAUUCGAGAGUUAGGCCCCGAGAUCUGGCUAGAGCUCAUUUUGUGGUGCUGUGUGGAACAUGGACAUUCCAAGGAGGGAGCUCUGAUCGUGAAUCGAAUGUUAAAAAGAUCGGGUGACCAAGCAUGGAAGGCCGAGAGCUGGGUACCGCUAUUAAAGGAUCUCAAUGCAGUCCAACAGACCAAUCUCAGCGUCGAGCAGUCCUGGCGCCGGCCUGGUCAGGACAGGGCGUCUCAAACGUUCACAGGUCGUCAAAAGCCACCUUUCAACGGACUUGGAAAGCGAACCAUCAGCACGGAAGUGCUUGUAUCGCUGCGGAAUGGCUUGGCAAAUAGGGCUUAUCAAGGACUGGGAGAAAAUGGAUAUCUUCCUAAGGAGCUCGACAAACUAUCAGCUCCUCUGACAUCACUUAUCGAUCCUCCCGGCGCUGUUGAUGAACUCAGACCAACCAACAUGGUCAGCAACUGGCACAUUGUGCGAGUUAUGGAAGCAGGGUGUUUCUAUCCAUGGACUGACCCCGUUGCGUUCGAGGCACUCUUACGGUCCAAUAACAAUGUGGUUCCUCCUUGGACAGGCAGUGCGUCAGAUGAAGCACGUCGGCUAGAAGAGAAAAAGCCGUUACAGUUUUACGAUGAAACGGCCGCCAUAGUUGGCCUGAUCGAGUUCAAUCUCAACUGUUAUGCCCGAGACCGACAAAGUGGACGCCUUUUUCACGAAUAUGCUUGGCUUCAAAACAUCAUCGAUGCAAGCAAGACACGCCACAUUGAAACAUUCUUUGAAGAACUUGGCCAAGCCAACGACGAUGAUUACUCGUUCUUUGAUUCCACGCGCACUGUUCCUCAGGGCGUUUACGAAACGUCUGUCCCGCAGGUAUCGAAGGUCACCCUGGCCAAUAUACUUGACCUAGUUACGACAACUGGGGCCUAUGAAUUCGGCAAUCAACUGAUCCAGCCUACCGACAUGGACGGUCCUCCCAUUCCACGACAUUUAUAUCAAGACCAAGCCGUUGCACCAUCUCUUCUACGAUUCGCGGCUGCCUCAAAUAAUGCUGAGCUUGCUACUGAUGUUAUACAAGCCCUCAAGACACCGCUCACUGUCAACACCAUCAAAGCCCUAAUCAACUUCCAUAUCGCACGCCAUAAUUGGGACCGUGUGAUACUAAUGCUCACAUUCAUGACCGAUUAUCAUCUAAAAUCUUGGGCCUAUAGCAAUAUAAUCGCGCUGUCAGCCGAAAUCAUUCGACUUGAUGGAGCCAUUGAGCAAAAGAAGCAUGAUGGCACCUUCACCCCGGCAGAUACAAAACAGUUGGAUCGCGCCACAGACCUCUUCCUCCGCAUUUUCCGCGGCGAGUUCAAGGUCAACAAACGUGAACGUCAAGGCAAAUUUCCCCAGUCAGUAAGCUACCAGGAUCGAGUGCUUUAUCGAAUGCACCGUGUCUUGUCAACCAUCCCAGGAAUUAUGCCGCGCAUCCUCAAGGACGUGAAAACACACCCGGGUAUCAUUUCCGCGAUGAAAAUCGAGAUGAUUCCUCCUUCGUCCUUCCACGUACUCUUCGCCGCCAUCGUGGAGAGGCACGGGGCCGUCUUCGGAAAGAAAUUCUGGGACAAAUGGUGUGUCGACUGGGUCUCACCCCGAAGGCGCCUUCAGCGUCCAGGUGGUGUCUCCCGGCUACUCUACAGCCACGAGCGAGACCACAGAUACGGCGACCCAAAUUUCGACCCAGCAUGGCAACGCCAGAUCCAAACUCACGCCACCGUAGCGGACAUGACAACCGUUCGGAUCUUGGCACGUGCCGCCGUCCGAGAAUACGCAGAAGAGUCACAAUCCCUCCCCAACCGACAUCGCCAAGAACAACAAAUAAAACAAAACGUCCCCGCGCCCAAGUCCGAUCAGCAUGAGGAUUUAACCGCAGACGACAUCACCCAAAUCUUCGACCCUUCCAUCACCUACAAACCCACCCCUCAAUCCGCCAAACUCAGCCAAUAUCCCCACGGCAAACCACCGAUAACAGAACUCGAAUCCAUCCUCGAUCACUGUCUCAGAUCCUUCCUCCUCUACGGCCUCCCAGAAGACCAGCUCGACAUUGAGAUCCCUGGCCAUCUGCGCCGUAUGCAGAAACGUCGCCUCAUGGCCACGGCCACGGGCAAUAAUGUCCGAACGAGAGUGAAGAAGAAUUUUGAGGAUCCUUGGAUGGAGUCGUCCUGGCCUCUGCACUUGGCUACUGACGUGCCAGAGUCGAAAGAGGCUCGAAACCGUCGCACUUAG